AUGUACUCUUCAUCGUCUGUAUCAAAAUUCGUCAUUUUGAUCCAUGUCUUUGCCAUGCAACUUCUCCUUAUAAACAGCGAAUUGCUCUUAAACACGACCAAUGCGUAUCUCAAUCACAAAUGCGUGGUUAGUAAAGGAAAAUACAAGCCAGGAAGUGCGUACGAGAAACAGUUAAAUUUGACCAUCAAAAAUUUCUAUUCCGACAGUGGCAAUAAAGAAGGUUUCACCCUGUUAGGCGGUGAUGGUUUUUCCGCAAUCCUACAGUGCCGCGGCGACUCCUACGGGCCCAAGUGCCGCGACUGCUAUGCCACCGCUGUCGCUGGGCUUAGUAGGAGAUGUCCGUUGUACAAGGCGAGAAUUAUAUGGUAUGACCAAUGUCUUGUCUCGUUUGAUACCGCAUAUUCGACUGGGCAGAUCGAUUACGACAAUAUUUUUUGUAUGUCGAACGCUAAGAAGGUAGGAGAAAGAGAUAGACCCGCGUUUAUAAGUACUACGAAUAAUUUCAUGGACAAUCUGACGAUUUUAGCCACCCGUGUUCAUAAUAAUCAAGAAUUCGCACCAUUGUACGCUGUGGGGAAGACGAGGUUCAAGGGUGAUAUGUUGUAUGGAAUGGUGCAAUGUACGAAAGACAUACCCGAUAAAGCUUGUGAGGAGUGUCUGGUGUUUAAUAGCAUUCAUUUUCAAGAAUGCUUGACUGCUAAACGAGGAGCGAGAUUUAUGGGUAGAAGCUGUACUUAUAGAUUUGAGUUCUACCCUUUUAUUGCCAAGCAGAUCCAAAAUAUAUAA